GGAUCGGGGCGGUUCGGCUACGUUCGGGCCGGGUCGGAACCGUUCGGCUACGUUCGGGCCGGGCUCGGCUCCGCUCGGCUCAGCUCGGAGAGCAUCGGGAAGGUUCGGCUGCGUUCGGGCCUGGCUCGGCUCUACUCGGCUAAGCUCGGGGAAAUUCGGGAAGGUUCGUCCCGGCCCGGUUCGGCCUGGCUUGGUUCGGCGCGGCCCGCUCGGCUUCCUUCGGCUUCUCUCGGCUCAGCUCGUCUCGGUUCGGCUUCUCUCGGCUCGGUUCGGCUCCACGGGAAUUCUCUCGGUUCGGCUGCUCUUGACUUUGUUCGGUUCGGUUCGGUUCGGUUCGUCUGGGCUCGGCCCUGCCCGGUCGCCGCCGCACCGGGCCCGGUAACGCUCCGACCCCAUCCCCGGCCCAGGCCCGAGCCCAGCCCCGGUAACGCCCCGGGAGGAAGGGGGGGAGGCAGCGAGCGAGCAUCCUCCGCCGUCCUCCGCCGCUCCGUCCGCAGCACGGCCGGGACGGGGGGGCGGGGGAUCCUGGCCGCGGGGAGCAGGCAGGAGCCCCGGGCCAGACGUGCCCCGGGCGGGCCGUGACAGCGGGGACAUGUCGUGACAGCGGAGACAGAGCCACCCCGCCCCAUGACCUGGGUGGGCAGUGACCCAUGGACACCCUGUGACACCAGGGGACUGAACCCCCGCAGGCCGUGACACUGAGGGACCGCCGGGCACAAAGCCAACCCAUGUCGUGACACCGGGGCACCGCGGCUAGCCCAGGCGGUGACACUGGGUGCACACCGCGGCACUUGGUGACGGCGACAGCCCCCUCAAGGCUCUGACACCAGGUGAGCAGCCAGAUGGGCAUGUGCUGUGGCGCCGGGUGAGCAGUGAGCCUGCAGCAUGCCGUGCCACCUUGUGACUGAAGCCAUCCUGGACUGCUGACACGGUGUGAGCCCUGAGCCUGGCACAUGCUGUGACACCGGGUGACCAAAGCCGCGUCGGACUGUGACACCGAGUGACCAAGCCACUUCGCACCGUGGCACCCGGUGAGCCCUCAGCCUGGUGCCUGCCGUGACACCGUGUGACUGAAAGCCACCCUGGACCGCAGCGCUGGGUGCGCCCUGAGCCCUGCACCUGCUGUGACGCUGUGACGCUGUGACUGAAGCCACCCUGCGUUGUGACACCGGGUGACCAAGCCACUCCUCAUCGUGACGCCAUGUGACCGAAGCCUCCCUACCACUCUCCACGCUGCGUGUCUCCGUCAUGCCGCCGUCCCGUCCCCCGUGCGUGGCCGUGCGUGUCCCCGUGGGGCCGCUGUCCCUGCUGCUGGCGCUGUCCCUGCUGUCCCCCUGGGGCUCUGCGGGAGGGAGCUGCCCCCAGCGCUGCGUCUGCGCCUCCAACCUGCUGAGCUGCUCGCAGGCCAACCUGAGCGCGGUGCCGGCGCCGCUGCCGCGCUUCACCGCCGUGCUGGACUUGAGCCACAACAACGUGACGCGGCUGCGCGCCGACUGGGCGCCGGCGCGGCUGCCGCACCUGCACGCGCUGCUGCUGAGCCACAACGGGCUGGCCUUCGUGUCCACCGAGGCCUUCACCCACGUGCCGCGCCUGCGCCACCUCGACCUGUCCUCCAACCGCCUGCGGACGCUGGACGAGAACCUGUUCAGCGACCUGGGCGAGCUGGAGGUGCUGCUGCUGUACAACAACGAGAUCAGCACGGUGGAUCGCACGGCCUUCGAGAACCUGGGCCGGCUGCGCAAGCUCUACCUGGGGCAGAACCGCAUCGCCCGCUUCCCGCUGGAGCUGCUCCGGGAGGGCAGCCGGCUGCCGCAGCUGGCGCUGCUGGACCUGUCGGCCAACCGGCUGCGGGCCGUGCCCGCGGGAGAGCUGCAGGCGCUGCCCGCCUGGCUGCGCGACCGCCUCUACCUGCACAACAACCCCCUGGCCUGCGACUGCCUGCUCUUCCAGCUGCUGGACCGCGGCCGCCGCCGCCACCUGAGCGCCGUGGAGGAUUUCCAGGACGAGCUGCGCUGCUUCCUGCCCGGAGCCAGCUCUCUCACCAAGAUCCUGGACCUGGCGGGCAAGCAGCCUCUCAACUGCAGCAAGGCACGGGAGGCCGUGCUGGAGGCGCACCUCGGGGACACCGUGACGCUGGGCUGUGACAGCCGGUGGCAGGGCGUGCGCAGCCGGCACUGGGUGACGCCGGGCGGGGAGCGGGUGCUGGGGGACGGGGCCAACGGCAGCGUGGUCCUGCUGGCCAACGGCAGCCUUCAGCUGCGGGCGCUGCGCCCCGAGGACGGCGGCACUUACUCCUGCUGGGUGGCCGGGCCCCUCCUCAACGAGACCCUCUACGUGGAGCUGCUGGUGCACAACUUCACCCUGCACGGCCCCCACGACACCCUGAACACGGCCUACACCACUCUGGUGGGCUGCAUCCUGAGCGUGGUGCUGGUGCUCAUCUACCUGUACCUCACCCCGUGCCGCUGCUGCUGCUGCCGCGGCACCGAGAAGCCGCCGGCGCCGCGCGACGACAGCAUCAACUCCUCGGUGCUGAGCGCCACCCCGAACCACGCCGGGGGCACCGGGGAGCCCUGCGGGUCCCACCUCGCCUCCGGUGCCGGCGCGGGGCAGAACGGCAGGUUCAAGGGUGGGGGGAGCCCCCCGCUGCCCGCCCGGCAGGGUCCCAAGGCGCAGAGGAAGGUGUCGGAUCCAGACUCGGUGAGUUCCGUCUUCUCCGACACGCCCAUCGUGGUGUGAGGGCGCCGUCCCCAGGGACGCCCCAUGUCGGCCGCUGCGAGCUGUCCCUGGGCAGGAGGGAUGGACAGACCCCCACUGCCGUGUCCCCAGCUUGGGGGGGUCACACCAUCACACCCCAGGACUGAGCAUUGCUGCUGGCCCCCGCCAAGGUCACUGACGCCAUGGGACAGUGAGGGACAAAGAUGUGACCACGCUUUGGGGACAGUCCCCCACCGUGACCUGUCCCUGGGCAGCAGAGGGACAGGUGGCUGAACCCCCACCACCAUGGCCCCAGCUUUUGGGGAUCCCAUCAUCGUCCCCCAGGACUGAGCAUCGUCCCACACCCCCACUGUGAUCACAGAGGGACCGUGAGGGACAAUGUGUGAGGGGUCACACCAUGGGGACAGUCCCCUGGGACACCCAGCGUUCCUACUGCUGCUGUGACCUGUUCCCCAUGGACAUGCCAUGGGCAGAAGGGGUGGCUGGACCCCUACUGCCAUGUCCCCAACUUGGGGGGCAACACCAUUGCCCCCCAGGACGGAGCAUCGCUGCUGGCCCCCACCAAGGUCACUGUGUAACCGCAGGGGACAAGGAUGUCAAAGGACACACCGUGGGGCAGUCCCCAUGUAGCCUGUCACCGGACAGGAAGGGUGGCCAGACCCCCACCGCCAUGUCCCAGCUUUUUGGGGGUCCCACCAUCACCCCCAGGACUGAGCAUCAUCCCUGGCCCCUGCUGAGAUCAUCGGGGGACUGCGAGGGACAAGGGUGUGAGGGGACACACCAUGGGGAGUCCCCAGGGACAUCCUGCAUCCCCACUGCCACUGUGAGCUGUCCCCAGGCAGGAGGGGUGGGGGGACCCCCAUCACUGUGUCCCCAGCUUUUGGGGGUCCCAGCAUCACCCCUCAGGAGUGAGCACCGGACUGCAGUGGACAAGGACGUGACGCCGUGGGGACAAUCUGCUGCUGUCACCUGUCCCUGGGCAGGAGGGACGAUCAGACUCCCACCACGGCGUCCCUCAUUUUCGGGGGUCCCACCAUUGCCCCUCAGGACUGAGCAUCGCUGCUGGGCCCUGCCAGGGUCACUGUGAGUCUCUGUGAGGAUGACAUGGCCACCAGCUGCCGGGCAUCAUCCCUGCCAGGCACUGCAGGACCGAGGGACAGUGCCAGUGGCAGCCGUGAGCCCCCAGGAGCGGCAGCACCAGGCAGAGCCCCCCCUCCCUGCAGCCCCAGCCCCCCAUUCCCCGGCCCCCCUUGGCAUGUGCAUGGCCAAGCAUGAGUGCCCCAGGGAGCAUGUGCCACCCCCAGGGGGACACCGGGGGUGUGCCGACCCCCUGGGGAACCCCCAACCCCCUCCUGACCCCACUGCAACCCACAGCUGCAAACAGAGCCCCUCCUGCACGGGGGGUGCGACCCGGGGGCUCCGGCACCCCAAAAGGCCGGUGUCCCCUCACGUCCCCACGCCAGCCCAGCCUGUGUCACCUGUGCCCCACCCCUGCACUGGGCAAUGCCCACUGAUGCCUUGGCCAAAAUAAACGUGUUUCCCUCGUG